AAUGAGGUUGUGCGAGCUCUGGUGUGAUUGGUCGAAAAGUGGCAGGCUGAAGUGUAUAACGAAGGUUAGUACUGCGCUGAGAGAGUCAGCCAUUAUCGUUUUGUUCGCCGGUCAGAGUUGGUUGGUGGCAAGUGACACUUGGAAACCAGUCUGCAACGUUGCUGUAAAAUGUGCAGCAACGGCUAUUCCAACCAAACUAUGUUUCGAGGGGAGAGAGAUCAGUUCGUGAAUAAAAAUCGGUUUUGGAGCAAUCAGAACUUCGCCAGUAAGACAGAAGGAACUGCUGCAAAAAAUGGAAAGAAAAAACAACCCGGAGAAAACCUAAAGAAACCGCAGUGGGAUACAACCGCGCUUCAGCCUUUUUUGAAGAACUUCUACGUCCCCCACGCGAAUGUACUUAAUAGGACGGUGGAGGAAGUUAACAAAUAUCGAAGUAACCAUGCAAUUACUGUGAAAGGAAAUAAUGUUCCUCACCCAAGUCAGUUUUUUGAAGAAGGAAAUUUUCCUGACUAUAUAAUGCAAGAAAUAAUGAAGCAAGGAUGGUCAGAGCCUACAGCAAUUCAAGCCCAGGGGUGGCCUAUUGCAUUAAGUGGCCGUGAUUUGGUUGGAAUAGCCCAGACUGGAUCAGGGAAGACUCUUGCUUAUGUCCUGCCAGCCACAGUACACAUCAACAACCAGAAAAGGUUGUCUCGUGGUGAUGGUCCUAUUGUCCUUAUUCUUGCUCCUACACGAGAAUUGGCCCAGCAGAUACAGACAGUGGCCAGAGAUUUUGGGACAUCGACAUUGAUUCGUAAUACAUGCAUCUUUGGAGGAGCCCCAAAGGGACCACAAGCUCGUGAUCUGGAGAGAGGAGUGGAGAUAGUGAUCGCCACACCUGGUCGUCUCAUAGACUUCCUGGAGAGGGGAAUUACAAACUUGCGGCGUUGUACGUACUUAGUGCUUGAUGAAGCAGAUCGCAUGUUAGACAUGGGAUUUGAACCACAGAUUCGAAAAAUAAUUGAACAGAUCAGACCAGAUCGCCAGGUAUUGAUGUGGUCAGCUACAUGGCCUAAAGAGGUGCAGGCAUUAGCAGAAGACUUCCUUACAGAUUAUAUACAGAUAAAUAUUGGUUCAUUGACACUUGCUGCCAACCAUAACAUUAUGCAGAUUAUUGAUGUUUGCCAGGAGCAUGAAAAGGAAACAAAACUGUCACAGCUGAUGAGAGAGAUAUGUUCUGAGAAGGGGAAUAAAACGAUAAUCUUCGUUGAGACAAAGAAGAAGGUUGAUGACAUAACUAAAUCCAUUCGUAGAGAAGGGUGGCCAGCAAUCAGUAUUCAUGGAGACAAGUCACAGCCUGAAAGAGAUUAUGUGUUAACAGAAUUCAGGAAUGGGAAGUGUCCCAUUCUAGUUGCCACUGAUGUUGCAGCCAGAGGUCUGGAUGUUGAAGAUGUGAAAUAUGUCAUCAAUUUUGACUAUCCUAACACAUCAGAGGACUACAUACACCGUAUUGGAAGAACUGGUCGUUGUAACCUAAGUGGGACAGCAUAUGCAUUUUUUACACCAAACAAUGCACGCCAAGCGAAAGAACUUAUUGCUGUUUUGGAGGAAGCCAAUCAGCCAGUCAACCCAAAACUGAUCGAUUUAGCGGCAUUAGCUAGAACUGCUUUUAGUGGAAAGGGGCGCAAUCGUUGGAAUACACGUAGCAAGGAUUCAACUGGCACUGGUACACAAAAUGUAUCGAGAAACAUAUCAAACAACUGGCAGCCUAUGCAGAAUGUCAAUGAUCAAGAAUAUCGUCAUUCCUCUGUGCCGAGAUAUAUCGCAAAUGGAAAUCUCAAAAAUAAUUCUGAAGGUGGCUACAGAAACAGCAAUGGAUAUAUGCAACAGCAGCAGCACCAACAGCAACCGCAACAGCAGCCGCAACAGCAGAAUGGUUACAGUCAGUCAGGGUUUGCCCAUCAGAACGGAUAUGGCCAGCAGAAUAUGUACACACCACAGAGUUACAGUCCACAGAAUGGAAGACCAUAUAAUAAUCAGUCUGGGAGAAAUGGUUACCAACAGGGCCAAAGAAUAAAGAGAAACAAUGCUCAGUCUUAUGGUCCCACAACUGGUGGAAAUCAGGCUGCAGCCCAAGGAAUGUAUGCUGUACCACCACCAUUUAUGAUGCAGGCUGGUACAGCAGAUGCUAACUUACAGAGCAUAUUAGGCCACAAGUUCUUCCAGUCAACAAGGCCACCUCCACAGGCAAAUCCAUGUGCUUACCAAAACAUGGCAACAAAUCCAUUUGGCCAAUACCACCAGCCAAUGCCAUAUGCAUACAGUUACAGCCAGCCUGCAGCUGUUCAACAGUAAGCCCCCAACCCAUCUCCCUUUUAGAAUGGUACGGCCUCAACAAGUCCUGCUUCAUUUAAUUCCAGUUGUGCUCUUUAAACUGUAGAUUGUUCAGAAGUAAAUUUCGUUCAGUAGAAUUCAUGUAGUUAAAUCAGUUUUCUCUUUAAUGUUUCAUCUUAAUAUCGGUGUGUGGGAAGUACUUUCUCAGUAUUUGGUGUCAAUCAGAUUUUGAAAAUUAAUAGCCACAUUCCAGUUUCCGUUACUACUAUCUUGUAGAGAUUAAAUAUUUCUGUAUGCUGUUGAGAUGCACGAAACAUUCAGAAGGGGGGUGGGUUGGGGGCUAAUAAUAUGUUUUGUUAAUAUAAGGAUAAUAUAGGUACUUUUCUUACUAGAUGCCGAACUAUAGACUACUGUUAUAGUGCAAAUUGAUUUUUUAUUUUUCAUAUGUUACACACUUGAGUACCAAAUGAGCUGUUUGUAAUAUGAAAGAUUUUCAGGCAGCUGGUACUGUUAUUUCCAGUAUCAUUAGGAGUAAAAGGCAUCAUUGGGAAGAAAUGCAAAAGUGCAGUAUGCAUUGUGCAUAAUGCGAGACAAUAUUUAAGUCUUUGUUGUUUUUUCUGUGUUCUCAAUAAUUCUAAUGGUUGUUUCUCAAAGAAUGUUCCUUAACCCCCUGAAGAUCUGUCCGCCCUCAAGGGUCGUGUAAAUAGUAGUUUACUAAACGUUCAAAUGUAUAAAUUAUUAUAUAAUUGGAGCUCAUAUUGUGGCCCAUAACUCAAUAUACACUCAGUACUGUGAUAUAAGAUUUAGAGUAAUUUUAAACUUAUAUUUGCAAGUCCAAGAGAAAGGUCGGUAUUCAAACUAUGCCAACACUUGUGCACAGUAUUUUGAUAAAGGGAACACAAUGUUUUAACUAUAGUCUGUAGUAUGUGAUACUUUCUCAAAGACUGAUAUGAGGAUAUAUUUUAAGUAUCUUAAUGCUGGAGAGGAUUUUUGUCGCAACAGUGCUGCUGAUCUUCAGCACAACUUAUGAGACUUUGUUUUUUAAAAUUUGCUGUGCUGUAUUGAGAGUUUGUUCUAAUGCUUCUUGUUUGUUUCUUAAUGUAAAUCACGAGAAUACUUAGCAUAGGUACCUAAAUUAGACUGCGUGACUGUUUCAUGGUUAACUCGGAAAUAUUUUUCCAUGGUUAAUUGGGAAAUUUUCCACCAACCUUUCUCAUUGGAGGACGUGCAGAAGGUUUGAGUUAUAUUAAGUAAUUUGUCUGAAUAUGCAGUCUCAUUAGAUUGUGUAAGUGUAAGAAUUUUUAUGUAAAAUGGUGUGGAUUCUAAAUACCAUACUGAACUGAAGACUAGUCUUCUUGCUGAAAAGUAUUCAGUAAAACUAGCAGAUGUGCUGGUUUUUGUAAUGAUUCAUGACAUAAUAUCAUAAUUUCAUGUUACGACCCUUGUGAAAGAGAUAGAUAACACUUCCUGGAAGUGUGGGAAGUACCUUACUCUUCUGUAGGUUUCUUUAAAGUGCAUUUCUUAAAUGUAUUACAGUAUUAUGGUAGUAAAAAGUUAUUGCAUACAAUUUUGUACUUUGAUUCAAUAUAUGUCAGCUUAUUUUUUAA